CACACAAAAAGAGUUCUUUUUGUUGCUUCGUGAAUUUCGUCUUUGGUAAAGAGAGAACAGUAGAGAGAGCGCAAGGAUCAACAUGAGUUCAAAAGAGGAACAGAAAUGGAUACACAGCGAAUCCAAUUUGUGUUGUUGAAUCUGAAUGCGGUGCUGAUUUAUUUGCUGAGCAAGAAUUCGAGCAUUUGGAGAUGGAAUCAGAGAACACUCGACGAAUCAGAAGGUGUUAGGUCAUAUACAUAUAUAUGUGUGUAAAUGUAUGUAUAUAUGGAUGAGAGUUCUUCGAAGAAGUACUUGGAGAUCAAAUAAUUAGGGCAUUGUUUACACUAAUCUUGAGUGAAAAAAGUAUGUGAAGGUAACAAUAUAGCAUUGAUUGAUUGGAGCUUAUACGAACAACAAGCUCUACAUUGUUUGUGUAUAUAUAAAUACAUACACACUGGAGUAAUUUUGGAUCGAGAUUCAUGGAGUCUCGAAUGGAUCAGUAUGAGAUCAUGGAGCAGAUUGGCCGGGGAGCAUUCGGAGCUGCCAUUCUCGUCAAUCACAAGUUAGAAAAGAAGAAGUAUGUUCUAAAGAAGAUUCGUCUUGCUCGGCAGACAGAACGUUGUAGGAGAUCUGCUCAUCAAGAGAUGGCUCUGAUUGCGCGAAUUCAACAUCCAUACAUCGUUGAAUUUAAGGAAGCGUGGGUAGAAAAGGGCUGCUAUGUUUGUAUUGUUACUGGAUACUGUGAAGGUGGAGACAUGGCUCAAUUGAUGAAAAGAUCGAAUGGGCAAUAUUUUCCUGAGGAGAAACUUUGCAAGUGGUUUGCUCAACUACUAUUGGCGGUUGAAUAUCUGCAUUCAAAAUUUGUUCUUCAUCGAGACCUUAAAUGUUCAAACAUCUUUCUUACCAAAGAUCAAGAUAUUCGCCUUGGGGAUUUUGGACUUGCCAAAACAUUGAAGGCAGAUGACUUGGCUUCUUCGGUGGUUGGAACUCCUAAUUACAUGUGUCCUGAACUUCUUGCAGACAUUCCUUAUGGUUUCAAAUCGGAUAUUUGGUCCCUAGGUUGUUGUGUGUAUGAGAUGGCUGCUCAUCGCCCUGCAUUUAAAGCUUUUGACAUGGCAGGGUUGAUAAGUAAGAUAAACCGAUCAUCCAUUGGUCCUUUGCCUUCCUGCUAUUCCCCCUCCUUGAAAACACUUAUCAAGGGCAUGCUAAGAAAGAGCCCCGAACACCGUCCAAGUGCAUCCGAUAUCCUAAAGCACCCAUAUUUGCAGCCUUAUGUUGACCAAUACCGCCCAUCCUUUGACCCUCCCAUUGCCUUCCCAGAGAAGCCACUUUCUACUCGUUAUACUAGGAAGAAUAUGGCUGGAAGGCAAAGCAGUAACAGUUCUUGCAGUGAUAAAGAUAGUUUUAUUUCGAGUGAGAAAAGCAUCCCAGCCAUAGAAGUCAAUAUUGAUAACAAAGGCAGCGAUACAGAUUUAGGUUCUUUUGAUGAUGAGGUUGGCUGUGAGCAGCUCCUGCCAAGUGAUGAACAAAAUGGCACUGACAUGUGCAGUUUCAAAGUUGACGAACAGGAGGUGACGAAACCCUUCGAUGAUGAGCGUAGAUCCACUGUUGAAGCCAAGCAACCAAAAACCAUAAAAAACAUUAUGGUGGCUUUGAAAGAAAGAAAAAAUAGAGAAAACCCUGCAAAGGCUGGGGGUGCAUGGAUUCAGAGGACUAAUACAGAAGCAUCAUCUAAAAUCCCCAAACCAAGUCCAGUCUCUCCAAGUUUCAAUGCUAAUGCAGAGGCACCACCUGCUGCGCCAGCAAAGGCACACUCUGAUUCUGCAAAACAGCUACCUAUUAUUGAUUCCUCUUCAAAGUCAAAACCUAGACAUGAUGGAAUCCCUCUCUCUGGUUCCACAAGGCAUGUAGCUGAAGAUGGACUUCCUGCCAGGUUAAGACAAAAAACACCGCCUAAUUUUGUCAGACGAUCAUCAUUUCCAGGACGGAUGAAGCAAAGGGGUCUUGACUCUCCAAAUACCAUGAGCAACACUGCGAAGGAAUCUCAAAAGGCUCUAGGGGGAGCUUCCAAAGGAAUGCAAACAAAUAGCAGCAAUUCUGUCUCGUCUUCAAUGUCAAUUCAAAAAUCUGAGCUUUCUGAUGAUGCAAUAACUCCAUUUAUCUAUUCGAUAGAACAGACAAUUCCUGAUCAUGAGAGAGUUGCCAAAACUGAAAGCUUAGAAUCACAUCGAUGCAGCUGCUCGGUUGCAUCCCCAUUGCAAACUGAAAUAGCUGAAAAUUUGUCAAGGGAAAACAAUGGACAUGACAAUAAAUCAGUACCAUGCUCAUUUGAUACAUCUGGGGUUCACCUAGAUCUUCAGAAUAUUGCUGCUGGUGCUGAAAAAGGGAGUUUGAAUGUACCUCUGGAGGUCUCAAUAUCUCAUUCUGAAGAAAUAUUUGUUUCUAAAGCUGAUACCCCUCCAACCAGGCCGAGUGGUGGGCCUGAUGUAGUACCCCAGUUGAACCUCUCUUCUACAUCCAGUGGCGGUGACAAGUUUACUGUAAGGGAACUUCUGCCAUCACUAGCAGACACUACCUCUUCCCCUGCUCCUCCCAUUUCAUCUAUCCAAAAAAAUGUUCUGCCAGACAAAGGAAAUGUUUUGCAAAAGCCAACAAUUGAAAAUCCAGCCGCUGCACAUCUUCCUCCAGCUUUUGAUGAUGUAAUACAUGUUAUACGGCACAGUAGUUUUAGAGUCGGGAGUGAGCAGCCAGUGGUAAAGGGUGUGGAAAACAUCGGUGUUGGGAAGCUGAUAAAUGUAGUUAGGGACGAGCUGGAUACAAAAAGCCUAACCACUACUGCAUCUCAAGAAUCAUCUAGUUACUCUGAAACCAGGACUCUGAAAUCAAAAUUUUCUGACAAUCCAGGCAUUGAGGAAUUGGGCGUUGGGAAGCUGAUAAAUGUAGUUAGAGAUGAGCCGGAAACAAAAACCCUAACCACCACUGAUACCAUGACUCCUAAAUCAAAUCUCCCUGACAAUGCUGGUAUUAAGGAAUUGGAUGUAAGAACACCCACCUCUUCAAUUACAAAAUCUGAUUCCCCUGAGCCAGCAAAACCUAACCCUUCUGUAACGCAAGAGGAACCAACAGCUAAGGAAACUUUGGAUGUAACCUCUUUUAGGCAGAGGGCAGAGGCCCUUGAAGGACUAUUAGAAUUGUCUGCCGACCUGCUUCAGCAUAACAGGUUGGAAGAGCUUUCAGUUGUUUUAAAGCCCUUUGGAAAAGAUAAGGUUUCCCCAAGGGAGACGGCUAUCUGGCUGGCAAAAAGUCUCAAAGGAAUGAUGCUCGAGGACUGUGGGCGGAGUUCAUGAAUCAUUAUAUUCAAUGGAGAACACUUGGAAACACACAAAUGCGAAGUUAAGAUGGUAUGGUCUUGAUUUGACUGUCAGGUUAUGGAAAAUUUACUUAGGAUUUGCAUAUCAGCACGCUUCAUUUAUCAACUUUGUUCGUGCGCUUUGGCUGUUAGAUUGGGUAGGUAUCGAAUAGAACAUGCUGAGCCAAAUCUUCUUCAUGUAAAACCUGCUUGAUUUAGAUCGAUAUGCAUGCCAGAUAUCACAUUGAUAGGACAUUUAUGAGUUGCCAUGAUCUGCAUUAACUCGCAAUUCUUAGUAUUUUUCUUAAUAUCUGAUCAACUUGAAAGUUGUAAGCAUGAUGAGCAUGAGACACAAACUUAAUACCUGCUUGGUUUGUAUUGUGAAUAUGAUUCAGAAAGUCUUGCCAUAUUUAAUGCGAUGCAUAUGUAGUUGUUUCCCAUUUUUUUA